AUGCCUCAACUUUGGCUUUUUGUUUUAGUUGGUUUAGAAGAGGAUUCAAUUCAUUUUAUUACUGUGCUUGAUGUCCUGUUUAACUUUCAGUCUGCUUUAUGUGCUCAGGCUCAGGCUCGUCUGACUGAGGCAGCUGCAGAUGCUGAGAAACAGUUGCUGCCUACUUAUGCGAAUAAUGAUCUGUCAAGUGUUUGUACAUGGGCUGAUCGCGUCAAGUUUGCUCUUCGUUGGACGUCUGCUUUGCAUUUCGCUGACACUCCUCCUAAGCUUUGCAAUUUCCAAUAUGCCAGUAUGUCUCUUUUUCAUUCUUAUUCUAUUGAUUCAUUGUUUACUAUAUCAUGUCACAAUCUGACAUCUCAACCUGCCGGAUUUGAUAGAUCAAUGGAUUUAAAUUCAAUGACUCUUGAAGUUUAUGAUAUGAUGCACUUACCAAUUUAUCUAAACAUUCAUUCAUAUAGGGGAUUGCCAAGACUUUGA